CAUAGAAGCAGCAAAGCAGGCUCUAAAUGAUUACUUAUCUCCAGAGGUCUACAAUGGUCUUUUUGCUUGUAUUGCAAUAUCGAGACAUGCAUACCGAUGGGCAACGAUUCCAAUAGUCAAAAUCGCACAGGAAGAAACAGUAGUGGAAUUCCCACCUGAACUCGACGUUGCUUGGGAUUUUCUCCGGCAUAGAUAUGGAGUCACAUCUCCUGGGGGAAAUGUCACGUCUAACUUUUAUUGCAAUUACGACAGUAAUAACAAUCUGGUGUAUGCAUUCAAUGUGGGCAUGCCAGAGGUAAUCCGUUCAGCCGAAUAUCACUUUGGACAUAUUUUUCCAGCUAUGGAGAAGGAGGGUGUGCCGAUAUACUACCACAUGGUAACGGCGAUAUUAUCUUUCGAGAGAGAAGAUAGACGCCAGAGUCUGAAGCACCUAAGAUCAAUCAAUGAACAUAUUAAGCCGACUCUGAAAAUAUUCUUUGACUCUCUGGUGGACUCAAGAAUUUCAAAAAAGUAUUGGAUGCGAUACGUGCAAGGAAUUCAGGGAUGGGCGGCUGGGAAUAUCGUGGAGGGAAAGUAUAUCGAAUACGAUGGACUGUCUGGAAAUCAGUUGCUACUAUUACAUUGCAUCGAUUCCUUCAUAGGUCUUGAACCAUACCUACCGACCGAGAAUACUCUUCGGUAUAUUCCUCAUCUGCAGAGGGAACUGAGCAAGUCAUUUAGUCAGCACAACUUCCGAAGAAUGGCAGAGAAAGUCAAUGAUACCGCCAUAAUUGCUGAAUUAGACACUAUUGCUAAGCAGCUUCGUCUAUUCCGCGCAGCACACCGUUCCCGAGCUACCCCGUAUUUAAGUGUGCCAGCUCCCGAACGCUUGAUCAUGACCGCUGGCAAGUCCGUGUUAGAAAGCGAUACCGUCCAGAAUAUUAAAGCUGCCAUCGACAUCUUGGAUGCUAUGCUCCUGAAGCGAUUCCAACAGACCCGAUAGCAGUGAAUAUUUCGAUGAUAUUAUUGUUGCUUUUGCGUUGCAGCUUCACUUCCUUCAGCUAUACGCCCCUCGAAUUUAUAACUCUUUUAUGUAAAUAGUGUAUCUCACAGUCCAAUAAAAUACACUCACUG